CUCCUCCCCGCCCCCUCCCCAUACGAACAGAGAUAUCCCUUCGCCGCAUACCCCGCACGACCACAGCUUUGCCAAUACUGGAUUCUCGUGGAGGGAAUGAGACCUACUUCCAUCUGCAGGUCGGGCUUUGUUGCGCUUGCAGUUUGAUUCGGCGCGUGAAAGCACCUGGGCAAUCUCACCAAGCAUAGCUUUUCCAAACGCCUAAUCCUAUCCUUUGCACUAUCUCGUCACAUCAUGGGCUCUUCAUCGCAGAGUCUCGCGCAGCUUGAGGCUGCUCGCGGUCUUGCUCUCGGGGACGGUAGAUACUAUCCCACCAUCAUUCCUGGCGUGCUCCCCAUCAUUGGCGUCAAUGCAAAUGCAACAUUGGAGGUACAGCGCUGGGGCGCCGACUUUCUGGCAGAGACCUUUGCCUCACCUACGUGGGCGCCAGAUGUCAAGGCCUCAUCUGCCUUGACUGUGCUUCCAACCCUCCAUGAGUUCGUCGAAGCCACCGAUGCCAGCAUCGUCAAAAGCGCAAUACAAGCAGCGGCAUGCAUAUACCCUCUAGUCUACAGACAUAUUAUCUCCGACCCCAACGAUAAGCAAAGCUGGCAAAUCAUGUCGACGAUCAAAUCGAGUAUACUGCGGCGGAUGGACUCUGCGAUCCCAGGCGUGCGAAUAUGCUGUGUCAAGUUUGUCCAGCAAGUGGUGCUUGUCCAGACCCCGGGACAGACAGCGGAUCCGAGGCGUCAAGAUCCGAACGACAUUUCCCUCUCACACGUACCCCGCGAUCACCCUUUAAUACCGUAUGCGAACCUCGAGGCAGAAGCUUCCGGGCUUCUAGACCGGCUCUUGGACACUCUACAUAGCGAUUACAGCGAUGCUUUGCUUGUCACAGCCACCCUAAACACAUUGGGUGCGCUUAUACAACGCCGACCAGUCAUUGCCAACAAGAUCCUAAACAGCGUGCUCAACUUCAAUCCCUUGAAGCUUGCAAACUCGCCCAUGACCCCGAAGAACAAGGUCCUGAUCAGGUCGUUGGAGAGGACCACGCGGGCAUUGCUUGUCAACGUGCUCAAGAGAAACCCGGAAAGUAGUGUCAACGUGCGUAUUCAGCAAUACCUGGAGCGCAUGCACCGGAUGCGUGUGGAUGCUUUCGAUGAGGCCAGCCGAAAGAGACCGGCGCCGGUCGAACCAACAGAUGGACUUGAUACCGCAAAGAGGCAGCGACUGGGCGCUACUCUCCCUCCUACGAAGGAGCCUACCUACCCUCCACUUCCACCAGGCCCUGUGAGCUAUCGUCAACUAUACACCCUGGACCCGACUGCCAGCACAGCAAAUUUCGAUGUACAGAUCUUCCAGGACCGAGACCAACUCGUCAGAAUAUUGGUGUCUGUUCUUCAUUCAAUUGACGAAACCAAACUCAACAAUGCCGUCAAUGCGGUACGGGCCCGUUAUAAUACAUACUUACAAGAUGCGUCUCGGCAUGCGGCGCCGCCAAACAUCACGGCUGCGGUGGACGAGGAAGAGGAGUAUGAGCCGGAUUUUGAGCCAGAAGAUGCGGAGCAAGUCAUCAACCGGCUCGAUAGUGUAGGACCCGACGAGAUUGCCCGAAGGGCUCUCCCGGAAGCAACCAUUGCACCUUAUAAGCUACCAGACGCACCCCCAUUAACGGAGCAAGAAGUCCAAAGAUACGGAGAGGAAACCAUACGGCGAGCCUUCAGUAUGUUAUCCGCAAUGGAAGAGCCGCCCGCGAAGACGAAAGUGCCAAAAGGUGGAUUCAAUCGCCUCGCUGCGAGCAAUUUUGACCGAGAUUCUUGGAUCACGAUCAUGUCUCGCCUGGCGACACGCGCCCCCAGCGGUCUCGAUGAUCCGGAGGAAGGUAUAAAAGCGGAAUAUGGUCGCAUCGCGAAGAGGGGAUCUUUCGCCCUCGCCGAGGCAAUCCGAGAUGGACUCUACAAUUACAUCAUGUAUGACUGGAAAAGGCGCCUUGACUUGGCUAUCAGUUGGUUGAACGAGGAAUGGUAUAACGACCGUCUACACGCUGAAGCCGCCGAGAAGAACUUCAGGUCUGUGUCAAACGGCAAAGGCUCAUCGCGACCGGACAUUCGGGGGAACUACAAGAAGUGCGCCUUGAGAUUGCUGGACGGUCUUGUCGCUUAUAUCGAAGGCACAGACAAAGUUCUUGUACGCUUCAUGUCGGAGAUUCCCGAGAUUGACCGUGAGAUCCUGCAACGGAUGAAGAGAAUGGCCGAAGACCCUGAGCGCAUAGAGCUUGCCAUUCUCGUGUUGCAGUAUCUCUACAUGUUCAGGCCACCCGUGCGGUCGAUAUGUGUCGAUGUUCUGGAGGAUAUGUGGCGGACUAAUGAUAGAGCAAAACCGUCUGCGAGGAAGUUCCUCAUUAAAUGGCGUCCUGAGGUUUUACAAAGUGAAAACGAGGUCAAGAUGGAGUCCACAAACGGCACCCUGGAAGUCAAGCCUGUCUCAUAGGCUGGAACUUGGGGAUGGUGUUCUGGGUAGCGGUAAAGUCUUUUCGGAUCUGAAUUCAGCGCCGCUCUGUGUAGGUACAUGUAUCACUACGGUUCUGGGGCUGCUGAAACAGCGGAGCAAAUUCUAUGCUUCUAUUCACUUCUCGAUCUACGGGUCGAAAGAAUUUCAGGUCUUCCGUUUCUGAUUUGCAGGGCUGUUUUCAGCGUGUUUGCUCAGGUGCCCUAUUCACUAAAUCGGCAGUGGCGAUAACACCUUUCACAGCGAG